GCUUAUCAGAUCAACAACACACAAGACAAACCACAAGCAAACCUUAUUCCUGUCAAAACAAAUUCAAAAACCCAAUGGCGGGUGCCGCCGCUGCGACCACCUCCUCCGCCUUCCCACUGCCACCUCCGGUCCCCGGAAACCCACGUGUCUCCGCCUCUUCUCUCCCCUCAUCAUUCCGACAACGAGAAAGAAGAACCAAUCACCUCCGUAAAAAGAUCCUCAAAACCCUAGAAAACAAACCUUAUCCUGACCCAUCAUCUCACCCCCAAUUCCCACACACAAUUCCCACUCAAGAAACACUGCAGCAACACUUUGCUGACUCAGAACACCUUUCCUCAUCCAAAGGCCCUACCUUUAUUGAUGGGAUUUUGGGUGAGUUUUCGAAUAAAUCCUUUGCUAAAAUCGGGUUGUAUUUGGUUGGGGCUUUUGUUUUUCAGACAAUUUGUGCUGUUUUGAUAUUUGGGUCAAAAGAUUUAGAUGAUAAAGAUGACACCUUGAACAUUGAUGAUGGUUAUAAUAGUGAAAAGAAAUCGAAAGCGAAAUCAAAAUCGAGUUUGUUGUCGAGUGGGAAUCGGGGUUAUGCGGAGACGGACGAGGGUGCGAUUGGGUCGGUUGGUGGGGUGGAAAUGGAUAACAGGAUUAUGGAAAUUCAAGAAAUGGCGAGGCGGGCCCGGGAGCAAGAAAAGAUGGAGGCGAAGAGGAGAGGAUCAGGUGAAGAAGAAAACGAUGAUGUUGAGGAUGAGUCGGUUGAUAGAAUGGUGAAGAAGAAGGAGAUAGAUGAUCGGUUGACGAAGUUGAGGAAAAGUUUAGAAGGGGAUUACCAGAAGCCGGUAACUAAGGUUUCAAGAAAAGAAGGUGAUGUUGAUAAUAGUAGUGAUAGUGAUUCGUUGAUGUUUAAAAAGAAGUACAAGUAUAAAAGUCCUUCGGUUGAUUCUGGGGAUAAACCGAAGGGGUUUGGUGGCAUGAAAGAUUUUCAUGUUGCUAAUGGGAGUGCGGUAACUGGUUUUAGUGUCGACGAUGGUACACUGCAAACCGAUGAGAAAAAUGGAGGGAGUUUAAGUAAGGAUGGAAAUAAAGAGCAAGAACCUAGAGCAAGUACGACCGAAUCGAUAGCUGGUACUUCAAAGGAGCCAAUAUAUGAUAAGCAAACAAGCAACCUGGAGACUAAGAAACCUCGAGGCUUCGGUAAAGAAAGCAAUGAUGCUACCAAACAUGAUGAUUUAAACAAGAAUGGCAGUUUAAAGGGCAAAAAGGGCGGAAACAAAAAAUCUGCCAGAAAUCUUGAGGAUAAAUCUAGUUCCCAAACCGACUUUUGGUGGACUCGUAUCCCAUACGUUAUGGCCGUCGGAAUGCAAAGUGGCGGUAAUGGUGAAGAAUCAUCAGGACUAUUUAUUAUAAGGAACGCUUCUGGUUUACAUCACACCGUUGCUUUUGAAGACCGUUCUGACGCAACAAACUUCUGUUAUCUUCUGGAAUCUUUCUUCGAAGAUUUAAACAAUUUCCGCACUAAUAUCAUACCAAUACCAACAAAUGAGCUUGAAGAGGAAGUUAAAUCACAGAAAAUGAAGGUAGUUGUAGUGAAGAAAGGUCAACUUAAGCUGUAUGUCGGUCAACCACUUGAAGACGUCGAAUCAGCCUUGCGCGCAUUGAUAGAACAACAAAGUGAAUAAACUAUGAACACGUUCAUUCAUGUUUGUGACCCUUUUUGUUCAAUUUUAUUUUAUUGUGUUCAAUAUUAAAUUGGAAUAGAUUAGUUUGGUGUGAACAUUUCAUUUUUAUUGAAAACAGAUUAAUAUAGUUUUUUUUUUUUU